AUGCCAGACCAGCCCGAGAUGAAGGUUGACCCCGCGAGAGCCAAGGCUCUCACGACUCAGCUCGAAGCUGUCACAGCCCGCCUCACAUCCGCAGCCAAGGGCCGCCCUGUCCGGCUCGUGGCCGUCUCCAAGCUCAAGCCCGCCAACGACAUACUCGCCCUGCACCGCGACGCCUCGGUCGUGCACUUUGGCGAAAAUUACGCCCAGGAGCUCAUUCAAAAGGUCGACCUCCUGCCCAGCACGCUGCGCUGGCACUUCAUCGGCGGCCUGCAGUCGGGCCACGCCAAGAAGCUCGCCCACAUCCCCAACCUGUUCUGCGUCUCGAGCGUCGACUCGCUGAAGAAGGCGAGGCUGCUGAACAAUGCGCGCGCCGACCUCCUGGCCCAUGGGGAGGACGUCGACAAGCUCAACGUCCACGUCCAGGUCAACACGUCCGGCGAGGAGGCCAAGUCUGGCGCCGCGCCCGGCGACGAGACGGUCGCUCUCUGCCGCGCCAUCGAAGAUGAGUGCCCGGCGCUGAACCUGCUCGGCCUCAUGACCAUUGGUGCCAUUGCGCGGAGCAAGGCGACGACGGCCGAGACGGAGAAUGAAGACUUCCUCGCUCUCAAGGAGCAGAGGGAUCUCGUGCGGAAGGAACUCGGACUCGAACGAGAGCUCGAGCUGAGCAUGGGCAUGAGCAAUGACUUUGAGGGCGCCGUCGCCAUGGGCAGCGAUGAAGUUAGGAUCGGUAGCACCAUCUUCGGCGAGAGGGGCCCCAAGAGCGAGGCUCAAGUCUCAGUCUAG